AUGACUCCUUUCCAGUUGGUAGCCACGAUAGCCUUCCUGGCCUGUGUGCUUCCACCCGCUUCAGGAGAAAAUGCAGUGACUGUGCUGUGCUCCACAGAAUGGUUCAUGGUCACGGUCCACCCCUACAUGCUGAACAAUGAUGUGUAUGUUCACUUUUAUGAGGUACAUCUGGGUACGGGGUGUCCUGCCAAUCAUGUGGAGACAUAUGCCUACAGCUUCACCUACCGUGUUACUGAAUGUGGCAUCAGGGUCAAGGCUGUCUAUGAAGACAUAAUUGUCUACAGCUCCGAGAUACGCUAUGCUUCCCUGAGCACAUCCUCUAGGUAUGUGAUACCACUGACCUGUGCUGCUCCUCGGCACUCCCCGUGGCUCCCCAUGCCUGCCUUUGCGAGAUCAGCCGGUAAAGAUAGCGGAGCCGUCCACCAUAACACAGGCUACAAGGUGUCCACCUUAGCCCAGAGCAACAGCAAGACUGAUGACAAAUGUCCGUCUUGUAUCUUCAGUGAACAGCAGUGGUUCCAGGCCCCACCUCACCAACUGGACAUGGGGUACCAAUCCGUGCAGGCAUCUCCCUUUGGUGAUGAUUUUAAGGACUUUUGUCAUUCUUCAAGUUGA